AUGGCAAUACAAAUCUCCAUGUUAAAUUCAAAAAAAUUUCAAUUCGUUAUAUUUUCAAUAUCAGUUUAUUUAAUCACAUUCUUCACAAUAAUUAAUGCCGCUAAUUCAAGUACUUCAUUCUUACAUUUAUGUUUGAAAUUAAAUGAAGGUUUCAACAUAAUGAUAAUAACAAUCUUUAUCCUAUUAAAUUCAUUACUUUCUUGGAAAUUAAUUACAUGGUUCUUAUUCAAUGAUUUAAGAUUAAUAGAACAAGAACAUAUAAUGGAAAGAUUACCAUUUACUGUAAUAAAUUUCAUCGUUAUGGCAACAAUGUUUAAUGAAAGAUUUUUCUUCACUUUAACCAUUUAUGGAUUAUUACUCAUUUCAUUAAGAGUCUACCAUUGGAUAUUAAAGGAUAGAUUAGAAUUCAUCAUUCAAACAAUUAAUGAUUCUACAUCCAUGACAAAAAUCAUAUUCUCAAAAUUUUCAUUCAAUUUAAUUUCAUUAUCAUUAAUUAAUUUGAAAUUAAUUCAAAAUUGUUUAACUUGGGAUGAUAUAAAUUUUUGGAAAAAUAAUCAAAAUUUAUUUAAUUCAAUAAUGAAUUAUUUAAUUAAUCCAAUUUCAUCAACAACAAUAUCAAAUGGAAUCAAUAAUCAUUCAAAUCCCGUUUAUUUAAUGUUAGGAAUGGAAUUCUCAAUCUUAUUAUUGGAAUAUUUUAAUGUAUUAUUCCAUUCACUAUUAAGUUUAUUCGAAUUUUAUAAAUCAAAACAAUUCUCAAUUCAACAACAACAAAUUAGACAAAAUAAUUUAAUAAAUCGUGCCCAAACUACACAAAAUGAUGAAAAUGAAAUUAAUAUUGGACUUGACAUCGAUAUUGAUGAUGAUGAAGAAGAUGAUGAUGAGACUUUUAAUGGAUUAGAAGGUAAAUUCAUUUACGAAAAGAUAAUAGAUCUAUUCACCAGAUUCCUCAUGACAAUCAUCCAUGUAUCUUUACUACUACCAUUAAAUAUACCAAUGAUAUUAGUCAAAGAUAUCUUAUGGGAUUUUUUUUCACUCUAUAGAAAUGCAAUGUCAUUAUAUAAAAUUUGGAAGAAUAAUCAAAAAUUAGAAUCAGCUUUACCAAAUAUGACUCCUGAUGAUUUACAACACUCUGAUAAUGUCUGUAUCAUUUGUAUGGAUGAUCUUUUACCAUCUUUAGAAACAUUGGAACAUGCAACCAAUGUUUCUUCUACUACUCCUUCUUCGAAUCAUUAUUUGAAUAUUAAAAAGAAGAAAAAACCCAAAAAAUUACCUUGUGGCCAUUUCUUACAUUUUUCAUGUUUGAAAAAUUGGAUGGAAAGAUCUCAAACCUGUCCCAUUUGUAGAUUGGAUGUUUUCGAUAAAAAUGGGAAUGUUAAAGUUUAUCCGAAUACAAAUACAAAUACGAACGUAAACGAUUCGAGUCAUGACCAAACUUCGGAAAACAGGCCCCCAUCUACCAGUACUUCAAAUAUUAUUCCUGGUUCAAAUACAAAUAUAACUACAAAUACCCCAAUCCCUCGAAAUAUUGACGCAUCUAAUGGGUCUCACGAAGUUUCUCCAGCUGCAUCUCCAUCUCCAUCUCCAUCUCCAUCUUUACCGAUACUAAAACACGAACAACAUGAUGGAAAUCCAAUAAAUAAUUUUAAUGAGACCAAGAAUUGGUAUGAAUUUAAAAUUGAUUCUGAUAAAUCUACAUAUGCUAAUAAUUCACAAACCAUUUCAUUCCCAAUUGAAUUUGAAAAAGAUAAUAAUAGCAAUAAUAAUAAUAAUAAUAAUAAUAAUAAUGAUACAAUAAUAGCAAAUUUACUAAUUGAAGAUAAGAUCCAAAAUGAUUCACAUUCACCAGUCAUCAUUAUACCUAAAGAAUCAAUAAAUUAUCCGGAUACUAACUAA